CAAAUCUGUUGUCAAAACUAAACGCGAGCAUUUAAUAGCUAGGUAGACUAGCUACAUUGUAUGAACCGAAACAGAUUGGUUCGAUUCACUAUUGACUAGGGUUUAUUUCAAUAUCUGACAGCUUGCUACCAUUAUAGCGAAGUAUCUCAUACCAGUUAAGAUGUGGUGUUGGCUGAUUGUGGCUGUGUUUUUGUGGACUGUUGUUGAAACGGAAGCAAAAGCUCUGCCCUCUGUGCCAGACUUCGGCAACACAUACCAUGUCAAAGGAAUCAUCUCUCUUCCGUAUGCUGAGAUCAAGGAGCCAAUCGAGGCCUGGUUCGACCUGCCAGGGAAAACGAGCCGCAUCGACUACUACCAUGGCCAGGUGUCAACCUACCAGAUGGGGGCUGUGAUGCCUUGGGGCUCGUCCUAUAAGAUCACUCCUGAGACCACGGAGGAGGAGCUAAAUGUCAUGAAGUGCUUCCUGCUCAACGGAACGAAGGAUGACCCUGUCACACCCCAGGGGGCGCUGCCAGACCUCCAGGGCUUCCAGUUCCUCAGAAUGGAGUACUUUGGCGGUUCUCUGUGCGAGGUGUGGCAGAACGUGACCAUGGUGGGUUCCAAAAAGAACACUUACACGCUGUGGGUAACGCGCUCCGAAGGCGGGGCUGGGACCGGGGGGAAGGCGGAGCCAGCCACCCCUGUGCACUAUGAGAUGAUGGGCUACAACACCCUACUGGGCUCUCACUACGACAAAUACCUGGUGGACUACAAGGAGUACAGCCCACACGUGGACCCCAAGGUGUUUUCACUUCCUGAAGGCGUGACCUGUGGAUCAUUUCCUGGUCCCGGCGUGGAACACCACUUGCUGGCCAAUCCCAUGAAGGACCUGAUUCACACCUCCCUGCCAGGUCACACCCAGCGCCUGUUUGGACACUUCAAGGAGAAGUUUGGGCGUUUCUAUCACGACGUGCGGGAGCACGAGAAGAGGGAGCAUGCUUUUGUGCACAAUGUUCGGUAUGUGCACUCCAUGAACCGAGCAGGGCUCUCCUUCUCUCUGGCCCUCAACCCCCUGUCCGACCGCUCUGACACAGAGCUGGCAGCUAUGAGGGGCAGCAAGCGAGGCAAGACCCCGAACAAAGGCCUUCCUUUCCUCUCUCAGCUCUACGCGGGAGUGCAGGUCCCCGACUCGCUCGACUGGAGGCUCUACGGCGCUGUGACCCCAGUGAAGGACCAGGCCAUCUGUGGGUCCUGCUGGAGCUUUGCCACCACUGGAGCAGUAGAGGGCGCUCUCUUCCUUAAGACUGGCUCUCUGCAGGUGCUGUCCCAGCAGAUGCUGGUGGACUGCUCCUGGGGGUUUGGAAACAACGGUUGUGACGGGGGGGAGGAGUGGAGGGGGUACGAGUGGAUCAUGAAUCACGGGGGCAUUGCACUGACUGAGACCUAUGGAGCCUACAUGGGCAUGAAUGGUUUUUGCCACUAUAAUGCGUCCCAGCUCACGGCCAGGAUGCAGAGCUACACUAACGUGACCUCCGGAGACGGCGAGGCGCUCAAGCUGGCUCUGUUCAAGCACGGGCCGGUGGCCGUCAGCAUCGACGCCUCGCAUCGCUCCUUCGUCUUCUACAGCCACGGCGUCUACUACGAGCCUGCCUGCGGUAACAAGACGGAGGACCUGGACCACGCCGUGCUGGCGGUGGGCUACGGCGUCCUGCAGGGGGAGGCCUACUGGCUGGUGAAGAACUCCUGGUCCACCUACUGGGGCAACGACGGCUACAUCCUCAUGUCCAUGAAGGACAACAACUGUGGAGUGUCUACUGACGCUACCUUUGUCACCCUGGCCUAGAAACACACACACACCCACACACGCACACACAGCAUGUAGAGUGAGUGGUGAGGGUUCAAAUAAUGUGAGCAUGAGGUUGGCCAUCAAUGUGGCGUAUUCAGUCAAACGGGUAGAUCGGUUUUAGUUUUUGAAUAUGUUUAUUGCUGAUUGCACAGUGCCUUCAUUUCCCUGUGAUGUAAACACCUGCUUGAGUCGUUGUGAUGUGCAAAUGUUUGCCCGUGAAUAAUUUCAAUAAAAUGUUUUUUAUAUUUUAA